AUGGGGAAGGAUCCACUUCCUUAUGGUAUCAUCAUUGGAUUGGGAAUGCACCUCUUUACACUAUGGAGGAUGUUAAUUAGGAUACCAGAUUGUAAGGCUCAUUGGUUUGUGCAUAACAUUAUCAAGAACGGGAAAUGGUAUUUAGAGGAAAUCCAACACCUUAUUCCUUCAAAUAUUAAAAACCUAAUCUUAGCUUACCCACUCUCUAAUAAUGCUGAUGAAGAGGACUUUAUUAGAUGGAGUUAUUCUAAGUCAGGGGAGUUUGAAAUUACAUAUGCUUAUCAUAUUCAAAGAUUAGACACUCCCCCUAUUCCACUCUCUAACAAUUUCUCUCGGAGAUCUAUUUGGAAAAUAAAAUGUCCCUUCAAAUACAAAAUGUUACUCUGGAAUUGUUGUCAUGAGAUUCUUCCAGUGGCUGAGAAUUUAAACAAAAGAGUUAGAGAGAUUAGUCCAAACUGCUGCAAAUGUUCAAAUGCUAAUGAAGAUCACAUUCAUUUGUUCAGGGACUGCUCUCAAUCCAGUGUUCUAUGGUCCUUUAUAUUUCAAAGAAUUUGGAAUUUACAUAACUUUGAUUUUAAUUCCUUUUAUAAUACUCCUUGGAAUUGA